AUCUGCGGAGUGCGGAUUAUUUGCGACUGAGUUUUAUCAAAUUUAUCAUUUUUAAUCGAACAAGUGCUAACUGCUUCGUAAAUAAGAAAAUAAUCAGUGAUCAGUCGUUCUCCAGUGACGAACAGUAUUACAAUGGCCCAGGCUGUUAGAAAAUUAACCGCUCACGUUCUAAAAAAUAACAAUGUGGACACGAUAAUUGGAAAUACCGCUGUUAGGGCGAAUAGCACAUGGUGGGGAAAUGUUGAAAUGGGUCCACCUGAUGUUAUCCUUGGUAUAACAGAGGCAUACAAAAAAGACACAAGUCCCAAAAAAGUCAAUUUGGGUGUUGGUGCUUACCGUGAUGAUAAUGGCAACCCAUUUGUUUUACCAUCUGUUAGAAAGGCGGAGGAAAUCCUUCACAAAAAGGCCUUGAACCAUGAGUAUGCCCCCAUUGGUGGUGAGGCGUCUUACACCGAUGCUGUGGCCAAGCUGGCCUUUGGAGAAAACAGCCCCAUUUUAAAGAAUAAAUCAAAUGUCACUGUUCAAACUCUGUCCGGCACUGGAGCCCUCAGACUGGGCCUUGAAUUUAUCACGAAGCACUACGCUAAGAACAAGGAGAUUUGGAUGCCAACACCCACUUGGGGAAACCACCCUCAAAUCUGUAACACACUGAACUUGUCCCACAAGAAAUACCGCUACUAUGACCCUAAGACACAUGGAUUUGAUCUUAAAGGAGCUAUUGAAGAUAUCUCUAAAAUUCCUGAAGGUUCCAUUAUUCUGCUUCACGCUUGCGCUCACAACCCGACCGGAGUCGACCCCAAACCCUCUGAUUGGGAACAGCUAUCUCAUGUGAUCAAAGAGCGUAAACUCUACCCGUUCUUCGACAUGGCGUACCAAGGUUUCGCAACGGGAGAUGUUGAUGGAGACGCUUUCGCAGUCAGGCACUUUGUGAAGGAAGGCCAUCAGGUCACAUUGGCUCAGAGCUUCGCCAAGAACAUGGGAUUGUACGGAGAGCGUGCCGGUGCAUUGACCUUCCUCUGCGGUGACGAGGGAUCAGCAGCUAAAGUGAUGUCUCAAGUGAAAAUUAUGAUUCGUGUUAUGUACUCCAACCCACCAUUAUACGGUGCCCGUCUCGUACAAGAAAUCCUUAACACCCCAGAGCUCAAGAAACAAUGGUUAGCGGACGUGAAAUCAAUGGCUGAUCGUAUUAUCUCGAUGCGUACAAAACUCCGCGCGGGAAUCGAAGGCGCCGGAAACAAGUUGCCAUGGCAACACAUCACCGAUCAAAUCGGAAUGUUCUGUUACACUGGACUUAAACCAGAUCAGGUGGAACGACUAACCAAGGACUUCCAUGUCUAUCUGACCAAGGACGGACGUAUUUCUGUGGCCGGAAUUUCUUCAAAGAACGUCGACUACGUCGCCGAGGCCAUGCAUAAGGUCACCUCUUAGAUUUAAGUAAAACUGCCAUAAGCAUUAAAUGUUUACUGAACCAGAUGUAUUUCGCGCACUUUAUAUAUUAUUUACUAUGAUUAUUUUUAGAAAUAAAAGUAUAACUUUUA